AUAUACGCGGCCUGUUUUUGAUGUUCGUUACAAUGGCCCUUUCCGUGAAACAGUAUGUUUUGAUCUUUGGGAUGCUUUUUUCCGGGACUAUUAACACAAUUUCCAAAAAGGUUCAGCUUGACUGCAUUGCUAGUGGAUACUUCAAUCACACUGCGAAUAACACACGUUCACCUCAUUAUUUUAAUAAACCAUGGUUUCAGACUUUGCUCAUGUUCUUUGGGGAAGCUUUUUGUAUUAUCGCUUUUCUGGCAAUGAGGUGCAGAAAAAAAAGACGAAAUGCACUACAUGGUGCUAGUUUCAUAGAAUCAAGAGGUCCAAACGUAGUAAGCACACCUGUUUUCAACUGGAUUUUUAUACUGCCAACAUGUUGUGAUCUAUUGGGUUCAACAUUAGCAGGUAUUGGUCUUCUGUAUAUCGAUGCAUCUAUCUGGCAAAUGCUACGAGGAUCACUUAUCGUAUUUGCUGGUAUUCUUUCUGUCAUCUUUCUCAAGCGGCGUUUGCGUUACUUUCAGUGGACUGGAAUUUUGAUCACUGUGUUUGGAUUGGCUCUUGUUGGCUCAAAGUCUGUAUUCAGUGCAAAUUCAGUGAAAGCAACCACUUUACAAUCAAUAAUAGGAUUGAUACUAGUAUUAGCCGGUGCGUUCACUUCUGCUACACAAAUGGUAAUAGAAGAGGUUUUUUUGAAAAAACGUGGCUUCCAUCCUUUACAAGCUGUUGGUAUGGAAGGGAUCUUUGGAUGCAUUUUAAUGUCUGGCAUUGUACUACCAGCUGUUCAUUUUAUUCCUGGAAAUGAUUUAAAUGGUUCAUAUGAAAAUGUUAUCGAUGCAAUUUAUCAAAUUGGAAAUAACUAUAUUCUAUUAGGCAAUUGUAUUAUUUAUGUCUUUUCCAUUGCAAUAUUUAACUAUUGUGGUCUAUCAAUUGCUCGAAGUCUUAGUUCUAUUCACCGAACAUUGAUAGAUUCUUUACGUACUGCACUGGUAUGGAUUUGCAGUUUAAUUUUAUACUAUGGAAUCGGUCCACCAUAUGGAGAACCAUUCAAUAUUGGAUGGGGUCUUAUUGAAAUCGACGGUUUCGCACUACUCAUUAUUGGCACAUUAAUUCAUAAUCGUGUAUUAGAUAUAACUUUAUUACCAUGUUGUCCAAAUUCUACAGAUUCAAUAAUAAUUAGAGAAGAGGAUAUACCAGAUAGAAGUGAAUUCUCUGAACCAUAUUCACUUGAUCAUACAGAUACUUUUGAUUCUAGUGAUUAUGAUGAUUAUGAUGAUGAUGGUGAUAAUGAUGAUGAUGAUGAUGAUGAUAAUAAUAAUAAUAAUAAUGGUGAUGGUCAUAAUCAUAGAUUCAGUGGUAUAUUCAGUCAUUCUAAUUGUCCAUCAUCAAUUGAUCAAGAACAUGAACAUUUAUUACAGAAAACAUCGAUUGUUCGUACAAAAUCAUGGAAUAAUUACUCAUCUAUUAAUUAGAUAAUAAUAACAAUAAGGAUAAUUACAAUGAUUACUUAAUGAUUGAUUCAUAAUUAUUUUCAAUAAGAUAUAUACACAGUUUUUAUAUGUGCAAAUAUACAAUGAAAUAUCUGUAUUAUUUUUUGAUCUUUUAAUUAUAUCCAUUCCUAAUUUAUAUAAACUAUACUGACUAUAGAAAUGAUAAUGAUCAUGAUGAUACAUUUCAAUUGUAUUCUCAUUUAACCGGUUUUAUUUUAUUUUUUUGUUGUUUUAUUUGUCUAUACUCCACCCCACUUCAUUAAUGUACAUUCUCCCCUUUGUCUUUAGUAGUAGUGAUGCCCCCAAAUACCCUUAGUGAUAGGAAUGGUCUACAAAACUUAGUGUUAAUGUACUUUAAAAACAAAACUUGUUUUUAUAUCACUUUUUUUUAAUUAUUUCAAUCAUUCUCAAUGACCAUUUAAUCAUUUCAACGCUUACUUUCAUUGAUAUUAUUAUUGUAUUUAAUAUUAUUACUAUUAUCAUUGUAAUUAAUGUGAUCUCUCGUUUUAUUCAAAAUUUUUUAAGUUUUAAGAUUGUUAAAUUAUUCUCAUUGAAACAUGAAAAAGACAAGUUUUAAACCAAGAAAUAUUUCUUUUCAAUUAGUUCUUUAUCAAGGCUCUUAUUUACGUAUGCCUGUUAUUCCUUGUGGAGGAGCGUUAAGAGCAGCCCACUAGCAUUCUCUAUCGAAUUCUAUCCUGGAUAAUCCUUCCCCAGUUGUUAUUUGUUCUUUCCAUGCCUAUUUCCAAUUCUCGAUGCAAUGGGUUCUUUGGUCUUCCUCUUUCCCGUUUCUUUUUAGAAUUUUAAGUUACAGUUUGCUUUGUGCUGCAGUUUGGUGAUUUCCCCUAAAACAUAUAUGUUUUAUAAGUUAGUAGAAAGUUGAUACCAAUUAGAUGAUAAUCAGUUAACUAUUACAAAUAGUUGCAUAAUUAAAAUUGGAUG